AUGAUUAAUCUGUGCUGUGUUUCUUGAUGGGUUUCGCUUUUUUUUCGAAAAAUUCUCAUCCUUCAAUUAUUUUCUGGUGAUGAAAUCAUCAAAAACUUUAUUGAUUUUCUGGGUUUUCCAAAAAAUAAAAACUUUAUUUCCUGCUUUUUUUGGCCACGUACUGAAAUUCUUGCUCUGAAGAUUAGGGUUUUUUUUUAUUUAUUUUACUUUUGUUCACCCUUCUUGUUAAUCGUCUCGUAGAUCGGGUUCCAAAUCUUUCCUGAAUUGGGUUUCAUUUUCUUGAUGAUAUCAUGCACAAUUCAUCUCAGUUUCUUGAAAACUUUGUCCGAUGGUCUGAAUUUCGUCUGAUAUUUCAUCCACAAUCCGUUCACUUACUUCAUCUUCUUCCACUGCAGGAUCUUGUUUUCCGACAAAGUUUCAUCGGAUGAAACUCGCUGUAAUAAGAUUCUGCAAUUCACUCGGAACUCACAACCCAAAGACGUGCAGUUCCUGAAACAGGGCAAGAGAAAAUAAAAAGCUUCGAGUGCUUAUCCAUGGCAGUUUACUACCCAAGCACUGUAACCUGUAACAGAGACGGCAUGCAGUCUCUGUACCAAGAACCCUUGUACCUGAACCAACAACAAGCUUCUUCUUCCUCCGCCGGAUCUUUCUCCACCAUAGUCGCCGGCGGCGGUAACUGUCUUGAGAUUCCUCACGCUGGUGUCCGAAACGAAAUGGUCUUUAUCCCACCCACCGGAGAAGUCACAGCUUUGCAGGGUCUAAACGCAAACGCUGUUUCGAGUAGCGAUCUCAGUUUCCAUGGCCAAGGAUUGUCACUAACUCUCGGGACUCAGAUCCCAAAUGCAGUCGCCGUCCCAGCGUUUCAGUAUCAGUAUCCGAACAUGUCGAACCAGUUGAGUUUUGGUCCGAGUCACUCUAUACCUGUUAAGGAAACACUGUCUUGCAAGAGCAGGGAGAUGUUAGGGCAAUCUGAACAGAUACCCUCUUCGGGAUUCAACCUCGAAUUCUACAACGGUUAUAGGUGCGAUUCGUCGGGAUUCAUGGGCAGUGUGAUGUGUUCUCGGUACCUUAAACCAGCACAGCAGUUGCUUGAUGAAGUGGUUAAUCUCAGAAAAGAUCUGAAACAGGUGAACAAGAACAGUAAUAACAACAAAGGUCAAGACUUUAAUGGAUUCAGUGAUUAUAAGGAUACAGAAAACGGUUCUAAUGUGAGUGAAUCAAACGGGAAGCCAUUACAGUUAUCGCCCUUAGAGCGACAUGAUCUGCAGGACAAGAAAACCAAGCUUCUGUCCAUGGUUGACGAGGUGGAUAGAAGGUACAACCAAUAUUACCAUCAAAUGGAAGCCGUGGCUUCAUCUUUCGAGAUGGUAGCCGGUCUUGGAGCAGCCAAGCCAUACACUUCGGUUGCCUUAAACAGGAUAUCUUGUCAUUUCCGUUGCUUGCGUGAUUCAAUCAGGGGCCAGAUUCAGAUUAUCAGAGGGAAACUCGGCGAGAAAGAUUCCUCAGAAGAGAAAGAAGAGCGGAUUCCACGUCUUCGGUAUUUGGAUCAGCGGCUAAGACAGCAAAGGGCUUUGCAUCAGCAGCUCGGGAUGGUCCGACCAGCUUGGAGACCCCAAAGAGGCCUUCCCGAAAACGCUGUUUCCAUCCUCCGGGCUUGGCUUUUCGAGCAUUUCCUUCACCCAUAUCCAAAGGAAUCAGAGAAGAUCAUGCUGGCUAAGCAGACGGGUCUGACGAAAAGCCAGGUUGCGAACUGGUUCAUAAACGCGAGAGUUCGCCUCUGGAAACCGAUGAUUGAAGAUAUGUACAAAGAAGAGUUUGGUGAUUCCGAGUUAAACCCUAAAUUCUGUCAAGAGAACAAUGCAGACAGCUCACACACGACAGACUCACAGUCACAACAGAGGAUCAACAACAACAAGAACAGCAAGAACAACAUCUCAUAUUCAUACGCAGACACAAACACUGUCUUCACUGAUCCGAAACAAGAUGAAUCUCAGCAGAUGAACCGAUCAGUAGAGUACGAAACUCUGACAAACUAUCACGGAUUCAAUCUCGAUGAUUACAACAGGUUUUCCAAUCCUCAUCACUUACAUGACUUCGUUGUCUGAAUAAAACCAAACGCAUUUACAGUCUUUGGCUUCACAGUCCAAGAACUGGAGGUAUUGCUGGAACAGAAACAUGAUUCUUGACACGCAAGAAACCGCAUUUUUCAUUUGUAUAGGUUGGGGAAUAUAUGAUGUGAUAUGUGUAACAUCUCUGUGGCAUAUAAGGUUAGAUUUCUGAAGGUGUAGGUAUAUAGUCUAGUCACAUAUAUUUGUAUAUGAGGGUAUGUAUAGGUGGUAAGUGAGUCAAUAUUUGUAAUAUGCUUUUGUGUGUAAUAAUGUUGUUAUGAUUCAUGGUGGUAUGAAAGAAUACUUGCAAGUGUGAAAAGGUUUUA